AAAAAAGGGCGGGAAACCGAUAAUACUAGGCGGCUUUUUGGAAAAUAUUUCAAUUAUACUGUUUAAAGUCCUUUUUUACUGACAAAACCGAGAUAUUUUUCCUUAUUCAUUAUAAAAUAUUGAUGCAAAGUUGAAUUACUGAUUAUACUUUGUAAAUGAGCCCAGGACGCGGGGGUGCGGGCGGCGGCCCCUCCCCCAUGGAUACUGAAACCGCCAAACCUACAACAAAAAGAAGACAUAAAGAUGUUUCCGAUACAGAAGUCACAUCAUGUAAGCAAAAAAUGACAUACAUACGAAGUCGACGAGGUCUCUUCAAAGACCACAAUCCCAUAUAUGAAGAUAUGACCAAAAAAGAGUACCCCGUACUAUUGCAAUCUGCUUCUAAUGAACAGACUCAGAAAGUUCCCCUGGACAUCCUCAAAGUUAAUGGAAUAUUAAAAGAGAUUACCGGUGUGCAAUGUGUAAAGGCGGCUGGGAACUUUUUUGUCAAAGUUUAUUUCGGAUGUGUCAAGGAUGCCAAUGCCUUUUUACUAAAUAAGACUGUAUUACAAGCAAAUAACUGGAAGGCGACGAUCCCGUAUGACAGCAUAGAAUGCCAAGGAAUUAUUCGCGCUCCUGUGGAACUCGGUGAGGAAACAUUACUUGAAGACUUGAAAGCGGACUGUAUGAUUCUUGGUGUAAAGCGCUUUACCAAAAAACAAGACAAUGAGCAUUACAAGCCGCUCCCAACCGUCUUGGUUACUUUUAAGGCAUCGUCUAGACCCGACCAUGUAAUCUACGAUCAUAUCUGGAUGCCUGUACAGGAAUACAUCAGACCACUUCUUCAGUGUUUCAGAUGUUAUAAAUUUGGACAUGGCAGCGGAGCUUGUAAAAGCACUCAAGUAUGUUCCAUUUGUUCGGCGGGACAUUUUUACAAGGAAUGUACCACACCAUCUGUGUUCAAGUGCUCAAACUGUAGUGGACCCCAUUCGGCAGUUUCUUAUACCUGCCCAGUAAAGGCCGAAAAAAUUGCACAAAUUAAGAACAAGAUUAGACGUGUGCGUCGCCAUAAAAAUUCGCGGCGGCGGCGCGCCGCAGAUUUUUCGCGGCGUGGCUGGACCACGCCGGCGUCAAGGUCGUCGGGUGUUGUUCGAUGGUUCUUAUUAAAAACAAAGUGGAGUUUUUAG